AUGGGCGGCGGUUCGCAGGAAAGGUUUGAGGGGCGACUGAGCUCAGCGGACGGGUACGUGACAAACGCCCAACUUCCCGGCAACCACAUCUACACAGGGGAGGUCUCUGAUGACACCAUGCAUGGAUAUGGUGUUUUGACGACGGAGUUGGAUGUGUACACGGGGAAUUUCUAUUGGAAUAUGCGUCAUGGGCACGGCACCUUUUGCUCCAAGGUGGAGAAACAUCCAACGGGAGUUAGGAUAUACGAUGGGGAAUGGAACAUGGAUGAACGUCAGGGAAUUGGCAGCAUUCAGUGGUGCAACGGAGACACCUAUAAUGGUCCUUUUUUAAGAGGGAGACCGCAUGGUGAAAUGGGCUCUUACAACUUUGCGGAUGGUCGUGUGUACAAGGGGGAGUACAGACAUGGCAUCCGUCACGGUAUUGGGCGGCUGACCCAAAAGAAUGGUGAGUACUAUGAGGGUGAAUUCAAGGAUGGUGCCAUGACGGGGAUGGGGAAGGGGUGGUACGCCGGAGGAAAGCGCGUUUACGAGGGAACAUGGGAAAACGGCAAAAAGGUGCGUGGGAAGUUGACGUUUGAGGGCAGUAAACGUAUGUACAACGGAGAUUGGAAGCAUGAAAAGCCCCACGGCGCAGGUGAAAUGAUUUUUGCCAACGGUGAUCACUAUAUUGGCGAUUUUGUCAUGGGAAAGUUGCAUGGCACCGGCUCCAUUACGUACCACUCGCAGGGCGGGAAGACGUACUGCGGCUUCUUCAUGGAGAACCAGCCACAUGGGAAGGGGGUUCUCACGAUGCCAGACGGCAGCAGCGUUGUGGGUUAUUUCAAGCAUGGUAUACAACUUUCUGAAAAUGACAGUGCGGCUAUUGAACAGGUCAUAAAAGAAACGGCAUCAUUACCCCAUUUAUUCGCCCACGAUGACGCGUGUUCUACCAGAUCCACGCCUGUGCAGGUUCAGAACACACAGCCUCCAUCGGUGGCCUCAUCUCUUUGGGAUGUCACGGAAGUCACUGAGAGGAAUAACAACGGAGGGGUACCGCCCCAGCAAUGCUCUUUGGUAAAUAAUAAAAAGGAGACAAGAGAAGAAGCCAAAAAAAAUGGCACAACCUUAUCUUCACCGUUUGUUUUAUUGGAUGCUACCAGGGAAUUGACAAUGCCUAAACUUCCCACUGUAGAACUUGAAAAUCCCCUGUUGGAGCCAAAUGGGAGUUGCAGCAAUCUUAGCAGGAAAAAAGAGGGGGAAAUUUUGGUUGUUGCCGCCUCUGUUCUCGCCGGUACGAUCAAGGAUGGUUGUAAGGGAUGGUUGGAGAAGUUUUCUAUUGGACGGAGUUUAAUUGGCAGGUCUAAUUGGCGUCGCCGGUACUUUGUGCUUGCGCCAUUCAAUAAAGGGGUCAGCCUAAGUUACUUUAAAGACGAGUCAUGCCACAAGCCUGUAGCAUUGUUGCUCUUGAAUACAAAUGACACCCGCAUUGUUACACGGCCAUCGGUGCGUACACACAAGGAAGCGACACAACCAGAACGUGAAAUAUGCGUUAUAUACGUGGAAAAGGAAAAGGAAUACAAACUACUUCUUCGUGCAUAUUCUGAGGAUGAUCGUGAAUAUUGGGUAUAUGCAUUGAGCAAGUUAUUCGACAUAAUUAAUUACCCCUCUGAUUUUCCCUUGUUGGAGAACGCUCAAGAGUAA